UGCGGAUCCUUCGCUCCUUAUUCCACACAGAUUUGGGCCCGCAAAAGACGAGGCCUCUAUAUUUUCUGCAUCUUUAUAAAAACGCAUACUCAUUUUUUGUCCAAAACUCCUCUCAGACGUGAUUCAUCGUGAUAUGUCUCAAAAUCUAAACAAAAGGAACGACCCCUCAAAAUACGACAGCUACCGAUAUACAGCAGUGGUGGAUGAAGUGAAAGGAAUCCUACGAGGAGAACUGGGGGCUGAGCUGUACCAUGGCAACAGUCAGGCUGAAUGCCAGUUGAGGGGCAUAAUGAGUACCCCUCUGGCCUCUCCUCCACUACAUCCCUCCCUCCCUCUCUUCUACGGCACUCUCAAUGCAAUUCCACACAAUCACACUCCUUGGGAGGUCCUGCGUCUUUUCCAGGCAACUGAAGCAACAGUGUGCCAAAUCACUCCACCAGCCAGUCACUCACCCUCAGCGAAGACUAGGCACAUGAUAGUAGAACCCCAUAUUAACCUUAGCAAAGGACAAGCCAAUCCAGACCCAUUAGAUUAGACUAGAUGUCGACUGGUGGCGUUCUAACGGGUCAGAAUGACUGGGCCUAGCUAUGUUGAUUAAUAAACUACAUUUUUCAUACACAUUUCAAAAAGUGUAGUUGAGGUUGGUGUUUAUUUGGUAUUUUUUACGAAGUGUUUUCAACAAACCACUCGACCACUCUAAAAUUACAUGCGCGUGUGCAUGCAUGUGUGUGUAUGUGUACACACUCCCGUGAGUGUGACUGUCUGUGGGAAAGGGAAAACAUUUGUUAAUUAAUUCCUCCAACAGUUCCUUUAUAGCACACACAUAUUGGUCCCUAGGCAGAAAUGCUCAGCUGCAUCAGGCACUCGGCAAGCCCAGGGGGCGCGGACUAUAGAGCAUGGAGUCCAGGGACAGGUUAGCCUUAUACCUGCUGAUUCCCCAAGCAGCUACAAGUAUCUUGUUGCAAUCCCCCCCACACCUCCCACCCCUCCUCCUUUGUCUGUGACAGCCUUUAGGGAACCAGAGGAGUUGCUAGCGCUAAUUGAUGAUACAGUGGGCCCCUCUGGAUAAGAGCAACUGACUAUUGGCAAAAAGUGGCAUUCCUUAUAUAACAUGUCCAGAUGUAAUAAGUCCACACAUUUAAUUUGACUAGACUUGAACAAUAAACAUGACUGGUUUUUAUCAGGAAAUUAACCUUCAAUACAAUUUUAAUCCAAUCCUUCAUGCCAAUCUGUGGUUUUCUAUGGACUUUCAACACCAUAAACAAUAAAUUACAACUGUGAUAUGCCACUCCUUGAAAGAAUCACUGGUCUGAUAACUUUACCUUAUCUAAAUUAUUAUCUAAAUUAUUAUAUAUCAAAUCAAAUUGCAUUGGUCACAUACACAUAAUUAGGUGAUGAUAUUGCAGAUGUAGUGAAAUGCUUGUAAAACAACAAACGUUCUGGGCUAAUAAUGUAAAAAAUAACACACAAAAAAAAACAAAAUACUGCAGUUACUUAGUGAACUAGAACCAGAGCUGCCAUUGUCUGUCGGCGCCAUCUUGCCUUUUACUAUUGCUAUCAUUAGUCUUUAUAUACACUGAGCUGAGGUGAAAACUAUUUAUAUUGUUACGGUAAACUUUGAGUCCACCUGCACACCCUUUAUGGAGCUACGUUUUUACCUCUGGUCAUGUUCAUCUGUAAAAUCUGCAUUUAUGUAUCGCCAUCUUGUGGAAAAAGAGUAUUCAUGCAGGAUAACAUUUUUUUUUCUAUAUUCCAGUAGGUGGUGCUCUUGUGUCACUGAAUACAGAGGUCUUGUGAAAACCAUGGUGGAAACCUAUCGAACCUACUGAACAGUAUACUAAACAGCACAACAUUACGUUAAAUAUUUUACCUUAUCUUUCACCAUCCUCCCAGACAGUCAUCAACCGGUUGACACCAUUUAUAUUCCACCCAAACACCUCAGUAUCCUGCAGUAUAGUAGACCUACAUCGAAGUCCCCUUUAAACUCCAACUCAACAUCCAGGUAACAAUGUUAAGGCCACUGGCUGCGAGGCCUGCUGAAAUGUGAGCCCAUGACUAUCUACCUGUAUGUUUUAUUCAUCUCAUCCACUGAUCUAGUCCUCCACAGAGCAGACACAUGACUCCACUGACCUGUCUGUCUCUCCCAGGGACGACUGGAGCACUGGAGCUGACGGCCUGGACAGAGGAACAGGUAAUGGUGAGAAAAGAUGUCAGAGCAAAGGCAACGUUCCCUGUCCACCUCAGGAGAGACCCUCUAUCUAGUCCUGGGCCUCGACAAGACUUCUACACCGGAUGACAUCAAGAAGUCCUACAGAAAACUUGCUUUGAAAUAUCAUCCAGACAAGAACCCAGAGAACCCGAACGCCACAGAUAAAUUCAAGGAGCUCAACAAUGCCCACUCCGUGCUGUCAGAUGCCUCCAAGAGGAACAUCUACGACAGCUAUGGCUCCCUCGGUCUGUACGUGGCACAGCAGUUUGGAGAGGAGAACGUCAAUGCUUAUUUCAUGCUCUCCAGUUGGUGGGCAAAGGGUCUGUUUGCGGUCUGCGGCGUGCUAACAGGCUGCUACUUCUGCUGCUGCCUAUGCUGCUGUUUCAACUGCUGCUGUGGGAAGUGUAAACCCAAAACUCCUGGAGAGGAGGACCCCGACAGCUACGUGUCCCCUGAAGACCUGGAGGAGCAGAUCCGCACAGACAUGGAGACAGACGCUGACGACGUCCCCAUAAUACAGCAGCCAACCAAUGCAAGCGAGAGGACCGGGUUGAUUGGUGACGGACGACGGGCCUAUACCUAACACAACUAAGAAGAAAGACCGGAGGACUGGUGAUGUCAUAGGGAUUCCAGAACUGGCUUUAAAUACCUGUAUUUGAGUAUUUGUUAUUUGAAUACUUAUUUCGAUAUAUUUUAGUAUUUUCAAAUAAUGUGGCCCGAAUCACUUACAACUAAGUAUUUGAAAGUGUUUUCAAAUAAUUUCCUAUAAAUAGCCUACUAUUUAACUUGUUUCAAAAACUAUUUUCCAAUACCUGGGUUAAAUGCAAGGUAGUGUAUUUGAGUCAUUUUAGUUCUGUAUUUUCAAAUACAUUCCAAUAUUCAACUACUUGUCUUUUCAAAUAAAACAUAUCUACUUACUUCCAAAUGUAUUUUAAAGUAAUUUAAAUACCCUAAAUAGUAUUUGAACCCAGGAUCUGAGGGGAUUCAUUCCUUGACCUGGUAGAUCCCAAAAGGGUUCCAAUUUCAUUUCACCCCUCGACUACACUUUGUAAAUUCUGAAUGAGUGUUAGUUUGUGUGCAUUGUGUUUGUUUGUUAUUUAUUCUGAACAAAAUACAAAGUAUCCCUAGAAUUGUGCAUUUAAAAUUGUGGCUGUGAAAGAAUUGAGAGAUGUCAGUAUUUUGUCAUGUGAACAAUAAAGACUGCCCUUUUUGAAAUGUUA